GUUUUUUUCCAUUGGUCCCGUCGGCCAUUAUCGAAACAACUGCCGAUCGUGGUUGACCUUUCACCGGUUUUAUCUCAGAUUGAAAUUAUUUCGCAUUUUCGUUCCGAACCUCGUGAAAGUUAAACGUGUGCACAAUGCCUGUCCCAAGUCUCCAAAAGCCGGCCCCCGUGUUCAAGGGCACAGCCGUCGUUGAUGGCCAAUUCAAAGAAAUCAGUCUCAAGGACUACAGUGGCCAAUACGUCGUCCUGUUUUUCUACCCACUUGAUUUCACUUUCGUUUGUCCCACCGAAAUCAUCGCCUUCUCAGACCGCAUCAACGAAUUCAAGAAGAUCAAGACAGCGGUGAUUGGGUGCUCCACCGACAGCCACUUCUCGCACUUGGCCUGGAUUAACACCCCGCGCAAACAAGGGGGCUUGGGUCAAAUGAAUAUCCCACUUUUGGCCGACAAAAGCAUGAAAAUCGCCAAGGAUUACGGGGUUUUGGACGAGGAGGCUGGUGUCACGUUCAGGGGGCUGUUCAUCAUUGAUCCUAAAGGCGUCUUGAGACAAGUCACAAUUAAUGAUCUUCCGGUGGGGCGCUCCGUUGAUGAGACCCUUCGUUUGGUUCAAGCCUUCCAAUACACGGACGAACAUGGGGAGGUGUGCCCCGCUAAUUGGGCCCCCGGCAAGAAAACCAUGGUUCCCGACCCACAAGGAAGCAAGGCCUAUUUCCAGGAGUCGAAUUAAUACUUUUGUUACUCUCUCUUCCAGUAUUCGUGUUUAUUUUUUCAAUAAAGUGAAUAAUUGAAUUCAA